UUCUCACUUCCCAAUUGAGUGUCCAACACAUUCAUAAAUUACAUAUUCAAAUCCCUCAAACUCUCAUGAGCUGUAAAGCUCACUCCACAACUCCACUGCCUACACACCUAUCAAAAAAAUGGCAGCAGCAGCAUCACCAUUCUGCUUCACUCUCCUCCUCCUCCUCCUCCUCCUCUCCACCGCCGCCACCAGCAGCAACAAAACAAUCUCCCUCUCCCCCACCCCCUCUCCCACUUCCUCUCCAACUCCAACAACACCAACUCCAACUCCAACUCCAACGACGCCGUCUUCUUCUUCGCCCUCCACGCUUGACCCAAAGCAGCUGAGAGCCCUUCAGUCCCUCAACAUCCCAACCGCCAAGGACCCCUGCCAGAGCAAGAACAACGCCACCCUCUGCGACUCCUCCAAGCCCUUCCGCCACCUCCUCUCCCUUUCCCUCACCAACUGCUCCCCAAACGACGUCGCUCUCUCCUUCACUGCCCUCAAGUCCCUCUCCUCCCUCCACUCCCUCUCCUUCCUCAACUGCCCCAUCUCCCCCAUUCGCUUCCCUCCCGAACUCUCCUCCUCUCUCCGAUCGUUCACCUGCAUCCACUCCCUCAAAACACUCACCGGCUUCUGGCUCUCUCACUUCCAUAACCUCACCGACCUCACUGUCUCUGCCACUCCCGUCAAUGCCUCUGGCCUUUAUGUCAUUCUCGGCAACAUGAAGAAGCUUAAUUCCAUAACCAUCUCCCACGCCAAUCUUACCGGUUAUAUUACUAAACACUUGAAUCUCAACCUUACCCACAUCGAUCUUUCCGGUAAUAAGCUCAGGGGAAAGAUACCCAACUCCAUUACGCUUCUUGAAGAUCUCGAUUUCUUGAAUCUUUCGUCGAAUGCGCUCGUUGGUGAAAUACCCACUUCGUUUGGAGACUUGAUUUCGCUAAGGAACCUGUCUUUGGCGUCGAAUUCGUUGUCCGGGUCCAUACCGGCGUCGAUGUCGGCGAUACCGGGUUUGGUUCACAUUGAUCUGAGCUCGAACCAGUUGAAUGGUACGAUUCCGAGUUUCAUCUCGGAGAUGAAGAGCUUGAAGUACUUGAAUCUGGCAAGCAAUGACUUUCACGGGGUUAUGCCAUUCAAUGGGAGUUUCAUUAAGAGGCUGGCUGUGUUUAAGGUGGGUGGGAAUAGCAAUCUGUGCUAUAACCAUUCAGUUUUGUCAUCAAAGUUGAAGCUUGGGAUUGCACCCUGUGAUAAGCAUGGAUUGCCGGUGUCGCCGCCGGCGUCUAAGGCGGAUUCUUCAGCGGAUGACAAUAGCAAUGAUUCGGAUUAUGACGAGAAUAAUGGGGAUGAUUCCAGUGGCAAGAGUGAGCAUCAUCAUGGGCCAAGUAAGGUUGUUCUUGGUGUGUCAAUUGGCCUUUCUUCUAUAGUUUUUCUUAUUGUUUUCCUAGUUCUUCUCUCAAAAUGGUGUGGUUAAGGGAAAACAAUCCAUUGCUUUCUUUGUGUAACUUUUUAGAUUAGGAGGAAUUGAUCAUUAGAGAUGAGCUUUUUGUUCAUUUAUUAUACAGUUAAUGAUGAAGAAGAGUAGGUGCCACGAAAAAAAAAGAAAAAGGAGAGAAAAAGAGAGAGGAAUCAUUGAAUUGGUGUGUUAUUUUUUUUGCUGCUUUGAUCAUUCUAUGGAGAAAAGAGCAGUGGGUUAUCAUUUUAUUCUGUUUUGGUGUGUAUUAAAAUUGGCUGCAAUGGGGGAAAAGUGGUUCAUCUAUUGUUCAUGAAUACUACUUUUUCUUGAUCAACAA